AUGGCAACCUUCUCUUUCACUGGCCCCAUUAAAUGCAAAAGAAUUACCUCGUUUUCCCAACUUUCCUUUUCUUCUGACUAUAAUAACUGUAAUGUUUCCAUUCCUAGAAAGCUAACAAGAAAAAUUCGUGCACAUGCCAAUUUUUAUUCUUCAUUUCCGUACCAUUCUUCAUGGCAUGGGAGCUUGCAUUCUGAGAAGCAGAGAGGCUUGUCCCUGAUUGCCUUUGCUGCUGAGAACUCAGACUCAGAAGGGGAAGAUAACCAGGCCCUGGAAAGAGUAAUGAAAUUGUACUCUGCCUUCAGGAACAAAACAACACACGAAUUAUCUGAAGAUGAACGCCAACGUGUGAGCAAUUUCAUCUCAUUCUUCGAAGCCUUCCAAGGAAGAACGCAAGUGUUGGAAUUUUUUUCUUAUCUGACAACUCUAUUUGGAAACAACAUUCAAAUUAUCCUGAAACCGACUCCGCAUGACGGCGUAAGUGUCGGUCUCCAAUGGAAAUUUGGUAAGCUUGCUUGA